CUUCAGCGAUUUGGGGACCCGGGAUGUGAUGCUGUUAGAGUCAUGGCGCUCCCGAAGGCGCUCUGAUGCUUUGGCACCUGAUCCUCGUGGCGUUGCUGAGCGUGGAGUUUGCUGGGGCACUGUGUCGGUGGCCCGUGCCGUUGCCGAGCGGGUACCUCAUCAACUGCAACACUGCUGAGCCCUUGGCGCUGGAAGAGGUGCCCAACUGCACUGUGUCCUGCGAGGGUCCCUGGCACUUCGGUGCAGCCAACCUCAGCUGCACCGACGGAGGUCUCCAGCUCUCUGGGUGCUUGGUGCCCAGCGCGGCGCAGAGCGGGGCACUGGUGAACCUGGGCACAGCCCCGGGCAGUCGCCUGGGGGGUUUGGCGGUGGACAUUUGGCGUGGUAGACUGGUGGCGACGGACGAGGCGCAGCAUGUGGUGCUGGCGCUAGGAAUGGAUGGCUCUGUGGAGGUGAUCUGGGGGCAGCUGGGCGUGCGGGGAGACGCAGAUGGCACCGCCACGGGCGGCGCCUUACUGGCCGAGCCUUUGGGCCUGGUGCAGACUCAGAAGCUGCUCUUUGUGGCAGACACUGGCAAUGGCAAGGUCAGGGUGCUGGCCCUAGACACUGGCAUCACCGUGACGGCGGCCAGCGGCUUCUCAGAGCCGAAGGGCCUGGCUUUGGGUUCCUCGGAGCUUCUGGUGGCGGACAGCGCUGGGGCGGUGCUGAGGCUCCCCCUGGCAUCCGCCCUGGACGCUGGCACCUGGUCUUCCGCAGCUGUGCAGGCUAGCAGCCUGAGCUCAGUGUCUGGCGUCACCGGCCAGCCUAGCUGGCUAGGUUUCCGCGACAGCACGGGCGAGCUCUUCGUGUCGGAAUCGAGCGGAUCAGUGCAACGUCUGCUGAACGGCGCGAGGACAGAGCUGCUGCAGAGCGGGCCCUUCGACCUCUCGGACGCGUUGCCGCGGAGCAGCGGCUUUCUGCCAGCGCCCGGGCCGCUGGCAGUGGAUGAGACGGUGGAAACCUCCAUGCUGCUGGUGGCGGACUCGCAAGCUCUCUUCGGUCUGGAGCUGCGCACUUCAGAUCGAAGCUGCUCGGACCUGGGCUGGGAUUCCUCCCACGGCAACAUUGCCGUGUGCGGCCGCAGCGCCGGGAGUGAUGUGCUUGGGGCGAGGUGCAACUACACCUUUGUGGACGGCGUGUGCUGCUCAGGAGCUUUGAACCUCACAGACGCCGAGCGCUUCUGCACUCUGCAAGGGGCUCGUCUGUGUACCCAAGAGGAGCUCUUCGACGAUGAGGCAAGGGACGACCCCUUCUCACCGCACUGCCUCACGGGCGCCUCCGUGGCCUACGACGGGCCUUACGACCAGGCGAACGUCUGGAGCUCCACUGCUUGCUUUGUGGAGGGCACAGGCGCCGUGGGCUUCAUGACCCGCGCGGGCAGCCGGCGCUGGCGGAACUGGGCGGUGGACCGGUGCCAAACGGCGGAGGAGACAGCCGUCGUGAAGUGCUGCGCGGACCGCGGCUUCCUGGUGCCCAUGGCCGGCCUCGGCGGCCUCGACACUUCCCACGGCCUCUUCCAGGACUUCGAGAGCAACAUCACCGCCAUAGCCAUGGACAGCGCCCGGCGCUUGGCCUUUCUGGGCCUGGAGGACGGCAGCUUCGCCAUGCUUGCAUUGGGGGCUCCUCGUUUCGCAGUGGCCGGGCUGGCGGGCGAGAUCGGGCAGCCGGCCGGCCUUGCCUUCGACGCGCGUUCUGGGCGCUUGCUGGUGGCGGAUCGCAGCAACCACGUGCUCCGCUCGCUGGACUUGCUCAAAGGCGGCAUCGACAUCGUCGCCGGCACAGAUGGGCUGGGUGUGGACGCCGGCGACGGCGGUUCGGCGGGCGCCGCCGCCUUCUUCCGUCCCAACGGCGUGGCGCUGGACGCCUCGGCGGAUUCCGCCGCAGUGUUCGUGACCACCGGCAGCCAGCGCCUACGCGAGCUCGAGCUCGGGGGAGGCAUCACCUCGGCGGUGAACGUUGCGGGCAUCAAAGGCCUGCGCGGGGAUCACGGGCCGGGGACAGAUGCGGAGCUGAACGAGCCGCAGAACGUCUGUGUCAAGGGCGACAGGGUCUACAUUGCGGAUCGCAACAACCACCGGGUGCGCGUGCUGGACCGGUCCACGGGCAAAAUCACCAGCGCUGCCGGGCCAGUGCUGUUCAGCACCUCAGGCUCCUCGGUUCAGGCGGAGUACUCGGCGUAUCCGGACCCCAACAUGACCUCGGCGCAUCUGCCCAAGGACCUGGUCACCACUACGCCAGUUGGCCUGGUGGUGUCCAGCGACGCGAGCUUCGCGGUGAUCUCUGACGAGCACUCGGAGUCGCUCUUGCACCUGGAUCGCUCCGUGGUGCCGCGGCGAGUGCGCGUGAUCCAAGGCACCAGCGCCAUCCGCAACCCCAAGGACCUGCUGCUGGCGGAGAAUGGCACUUUGUUCGUAGCAGACCACAGCUCGCACGGCGUUUUUGCUCUGGAGUUUGUGUGCGACGCGGAUGCCGACUUCUACACAGGGGGCUGCCGCGUGCUGGCGCCGCCACGCCGUAUUUUGGGCGUGUCCUAUGUGCCCGGCACACCGGUGGUCCCGGGGGACGGGGACUCCGAGCGACGCCAGCCAUCCACCGUAACAUCCACGACGAGCGUCACCUUUACCUCGACCUUCACCACCACCCAGUCGGAGCUUCCUUGCUGGAAUCACCUCCUCGGCAAGCCGGGAGAGGACUGCCAUGCCGCCUGCGCCCGCUAUGAGGGCACCUGCGACAGCGACGUGGCCGGGGGCUUCGACUUCGAGGCCUUUCAGCGCAGCGUGGUGGACUCCGAGCGGGUCACCUGUGUCCGGGACUCGCGGAGCUGGUGGAGCGAUGCCAUGCCCGGCUUCGAGAGCAACCGCGAGUCCAGGAACUUCCCGGGGUGUUUGGGCACCUACAACAUGCCCGCGGAGAUCCCCUGCGAUGGGGUGUUUAUGGAGCACCUCGGAGACGACGAGUUGGAGAGGCUGUACGGAGAGGAUGACUCAGACUUCAGCUCUGACGUCUACACGCUGGCGGAGAGCUCCACGGAUCAGCUGCUGAGCUCCUGGAAGGUCUUUACCGCCCUCAAGGAUGACUCGCUGCAAGGUCGGCGCUUGGAGAACGCCGCCUGGCGAUUGCAUGCCAUGCAGAAGCUGGGGAAGAGCGUGACCCAGGAGGCGGCCAGCCGUGUGACCGGGGGCAAGUAUGCCAGGAACCUGGCGCCCAUCGCAGAGCAGGUGGAAGAUGACCACUUCUCGGUCCGCGCGAAGUCGGCCUUGUCCUUGGCAGACGUGGGCAAAGGUAUUGACGACAACGAGGACGAGACUCUGGUGAACACCCCGCGCCCGUCGCUGAUGCCGGACUCCUACAGCGCUGAGAAGUUGAUGAAGGUCUUCUUGAAGAACAAGCUUAGCAACGACACCAUCCAGGAGGUGCUUCAGGUGCUGCACGACCACAGCUUCAGCGCGGAUGACUUACCCACCACCGCGGAGGACUUGCGAUGGGAGAAUGCGGGACGUCCCGCGUGCGCUAUCUUCACCCACUCCCUGGAGAGGAACGGCGCCAACAACUUUUGCCUCUACAUCGCACGUAUCCUGAAGACGAGUCAGCCCCUGACCAUCUUCUCCCCCAAAGCUGGGCCCAUGAAAGAGGACUUCGAGAAGCUGGGCCUCGAGGUGACCAUCGUAGACACGACCUCUCCAACUUUCCUGGAUGAUUUGAGCAAAGCUCUGUUGGCGCGACACGUGGGCAUUUUGUUGGCUAACACCAUCAUGCGCUGCGACAUCAUCCUGAUGGCUGUGGAGCUGAAGAUGCCCUCCGUGUGGGUGAUCCACGAGAGUUGGCCACAGGAUCAGCUGGACCACUAUGCCAAGGAGGUCUUUAUGUGCAAAGACAUCGACUCCACCAUCAUCCGGAAGGCCUUCGCAUCUGCCGGCACCAUUGUCUUCCCCUCGGAUAUGCAGCGCCGUCAAUACGACGGCAUGUUCAAGCCGGAAGCAGGUCUCACCAUCUACAACGGCAUCCCUCUGCAGCACCUGGACCACUUCAAGCAGACCCAGGACCGCAGCUCGGUGCGUGCCUCUCUGGGCUACACGGACCAGGACUUCCUGGUGCUGCACCUGGGCACGGUCUGCAGCAGGAAGGGCCAGAUGUACUCUGCCACAGCGUGCGCGCAGCUGAUCCAUGAGGACAAGUGCACCAAUUUGAAGCAGCUCAUCGUCGGCGCUCGCUACAUUCGUGACCAUGAGAUCAAGUAUAUCGAUCAGAUCUUCAAGGUCGCCGCACAGAACGACGUGAGCUGCGAAAGAUGGGAGGAGCGCAAGGGCGCGACGCCGCAGAUCACCGUGAUGGACAUACAGGCCGAAGUGAUGCGAUUCUACAUGGCGGCGGACGUGGUGGUGGUGCCUUCCCUCAACGAAGUCCUGCCACUGGUCAUUUGCGAGGCCAUGGCCUUUGAGAAGCCGGUGGUGUGCAGCCGCAUCGAUGCCAUCCCGGAGGCCUUGGACGACGGCGUGGAGGGCUUCCUAGUGCCGCCGGCCGACCCCAAGGCCAUCCGCGCUUCGAUCCUGAAGCUGUACAACGACCCCAGCCUGCGAAAGCAGAUGGGUGUGGCAGGCAGGCAGCGGGUGCUGCGGCAAUUCAGCUACAGCGCCAUGGGCCAAAGCUACCGCGACCUGCUGGACAAGGUAGACCUUCAGCCGAAGUCUGCCAUGUCCUUUGGGCUCAAGGGUCGCACUGUGCUAGUGGACAUGGACAACACCAUAGUGGACUGGGAUGGGGAGUUCAUCCGCCGCUACGCGCAACUGGCAAAGAAGGACCCCACGGAGGUAGAGACGAGCGUGCGCAGCCGCGCCAGCUUUGAGAUCGAGGAGAACUUCUCCAAGGAAGAGGCCGCGCUAGUGCUGGAAGCUGUGGCAAGCCCAGGGCUCUACGAGUCUUUGGAGCCGCUGCCAGGUGCUGUAGAGGCGCUGCAGGCCAUGGUGCAGGAAGGAGUGGAUGUGAAACUGGUGACCGCGCCACACCCCACCUGCGCCGGGACCUGCGCGCUGGAGAAGUAUCUUUCGGUGGAGAGGCUCUUGGGCAAAGACUUCACGGAGAGGUUGAUCAUCACCAGAGACAAGACCACCGUCCAGGGGGACCUCUUGAUCGAUGACAAGCCCAAGAUCACCGGUAGCAAACCUCAGUCCUGGAAGCAUGUUGUGUUCUCGCAGUCCUACAACCAGCACGUGACUGGCAGCCGGCUUCCUUCGUGGAGCAACUGGCGGGAAACGCUGCCCCUGGCCUUGUCGCUCUGA